CGCAGCUGUCAGAGUCUACGCGGGUCGGACUCGCAAAGCAAACAAGCAGUCGCGACACAGUGCUUGGGGGUGAGUGGUCGCCUUGCUCUGCCUUUCGAAACGACGUGAAGAAAACGACAUCGACGGCGGUUCUCUCCUUUCGAAGCAAGAUGGGCGCAGUGGACCUGAUCCUGAUUUUGUCUCUGGUGGGCGUGCAGAUGGGAUGGGCGCUGGUCAAGACGCCUUCCCUUGGCCGAAGCAACACCAUUGACCCUGUGGAGAUGUGUCGGGAAAUCAAAUUUGUGGAUGCAUCUCGACGCACAGCCACGCGGGAAUCGGUGCUUCGAGACCUGUGCGAAGCGGGGGUCACUCACGUUGAACUCGACGACAAAAUGAAGCAGUUCGCCGUCUUCAACCUGCACAGGGACAACUUCGAGGACGCGGCCAAGUGGCACUCGGGGGAUGCCAAGAAUGUAAUGGACGACCCCUACUGGACCAUCAACGACGUAGAGCAGCUGAAGGACACGAAAUACCACUGGUACAGCCACGGCCUCCCCAUGUGGCCCCUGCCCCACCAGGCGAUCUCCAACAGCACGGCCAAGUCCCUCCUGCCAAAGAAGAAGCCGGCGGACUGGCCCAAUUACGGCAUCGCGACGCCUGUCUAUUUCGCGGCCAAGGCGUGGAGGAACCAGGCGUGGAGUGCGGAGGAGUUCUUCCAGCAGCAGUCGAAGAACUCUCCCUUCAAGAGCCACAAGGACUUCCACAAGCUGGCCAAGGAGGUCGUCGAGAAGGUGAACGGCCAGCAGGUGGAGAGCUACAGUGACUGGCCAUUCCUUCGCUACUCCCUGCUUCCUAUGGUGAAGAGUAUGAUGCUCCGCAACAAAGGCCUGUGUCCGGACGAGCUCUACGUGUACACCCGCGUCACGCCUUGCCACCCGACGGAAUCUCGUCAGCUAACCUGCGUCCAGAGCGCCCUCGAAGCUCGGAACAUACUGACGCAGGCGGGGUGUCGCACGACGGAUGUUAUUGUUGGAUAUACGCAGGAAUACAACAACAAUGCGCUGUAGUUGACCAGGAAAGAGUCAAGAAAGGAAGCAAGCAACUUUUCCUCACUUUCCUCUUUCCCCUUGCUUCACUCUCUCGCCUUUCCUCCUCCUCCUCCUACUCUUCCUCCUCCUUUUCUCCCUCUCUCACUUUCCUUCUCCUUUUCCUAGCCGCCUCCUCCCUCUUUCAUAUCCCUCCCCUCUUUCUUCUCUCUACCUCCUCCUCCCUUUCCUUCCUCUCCACCGUCCUUUCCUCCCCCUCCUCCCUUUCCUCCCUCUCCCCCUCCUCCCUUUCCUCCUUCUUCCCCUCUCCUCCUCCUCCCUCUCCCCCUCCUCCCUUUCCUCCCUCUCAUCCUUUCCUCCUCCUCUCUCUCCCCCUCUUCCCUUUCCUCCCUCUCACCCUUUCCUCCUCCUCCCUCUCCCCUUCCUCCCUUUCCUCCCUCUCCCCCUCCUCCCUUUCCUCCCUCUCUCCCUUUCCACCUCCUUCAUAACAACCCCCCCCCCCCCGUGAUGUCACCCACUUUACUUGUCCUCAGCAAUGACUUCUCAGGCAUGUUAAUUACUUCGUUCUACACUCUUCCCCUCCCUUCUUCCCCUCCCUAGUUCCCCUCAUUCCUUGACAACGACGAUGAUAACCUUCCCCCCCCCCCAUUCUCCUCUUCCUCUCUUCCCCUCUCUUCCCAUUCUUUCGCCUUCUUUCUUCCCCUUUCGCCUUCCCCCUUUUUCGUCGUCAUCCGUCUUUUAUCUUCCUUUCAGUCUUCUCUUUAUCCUUCUCUCCUUCUUUCUCUUUCUUCUCCCUUUCCGUUCCGUUUCUUUUUUCCCUUCCUCACCCCCCCCCCUUCUCUCCUCCCUGUGUGGUUAUGUGAAUUAAGUUUAUUAUACGUGUUUGCAUUUUAAUAUCACAAGAGAAAUGUCUCUCUCAUUGUUUUCUGUUCCUUCGUUUCUCUUUAUUUUUCAUAUUUUUAUUUAUCUUUCUUCCUAUCUCCUUUUUUACCCCUAUCCUUAUCUUUGUCUCUAUCCCUCUCUCUCUCUCUCUCUCUCUCUCUCUCUCUCUCUCUCUCUCUCUCUCUCUCUCUCUCUCUCUCUCUCUCUCUCUCUCUAAUACUCUCUCUCUCUCUCUAAUAUUCUCCUUCUCUCCCUCCCUCCCCUCCCUUUCCCUCUCCCUCACUUUCUCUCUCCCUCACUUUCUCUCUCGCUCCCUCCCUCCCUUUCUCCCUCCCUCAUUUUCUCUCUCCCUCCCUCCCUUUCUUACACAUACCAUCUCCAUCACUCACUCAUUCUCACUCUCACACACUCACUUUUAAAAGAAAAUUAUAGUCUAUACAACAGGAUGAAUGAUUUUUAAACAUUGGCUAUAUUGUAACCCGAGCCUGCGUUUCAAAUUAAUGUUGAUUAUUAUCCAAUAAAUCAAAAUACACUU